CUACUUAAAUACAGACGCCGGAAAGGUGGAACUGGUGGAAGGUUCAUCGUAUUUGGGACAGCCAUUGCAUUUUCCCUUGACGACAUUGAUAUGGAUCGAGGUGUUAGUGGUUGGUUCAUCGAGUUCCAGCGUAACGCUGAGCUGGAUCCGGAGAAACGUAUCUACCCGGUGGGGUAUUUUGACCCGUUGGGACUCGCUGCUGACCCAGAGAAGUUGGAUACCUUGAAGCUGGCUGAGAUCAAACACUCUCGUCUCGCCAUGAUCGCAUUCCUCAUCUUUGGACUUCAGGCGGCCUUUACCGGCAAAGGCCCCAUCAGCUUCCUUGCUACUUUUAGCAGUUAAAAAUGAGCCUUUCUAUCUUUAUUUUCUAUGUAUGUUUUCUAAAAUCAUCUAAAACUAAAAAUUUAUGUUUAUCAUAAAGAGGCUGUGAUGUACUCUAUCGACCGUGUUAAAUCUGAACGAGUUUGUUUAUUGUU